GUAUGAAUAUUUUAAAUAAUGCCAUCCCUGUCUCAGGUUACCGGGGAAACGGGUGGACAAAACAAACUAGUACAACAUCUAAUUUAGAAAUAAAUACGUAAAAUGCUACAACAGGAACAGUUGCAGAAAAUCGAGCGACCAUGUCCUGAUCCUGAUCCGAAGGUAGCGGACGAAUCUGGCGCCCCUCAACCAAGCACAUACCAAAUUAGACCCUCUUUGGAGCAAACUUUUAAAUCAGAGAAAAUAAAGCAAAUCAUCAAUACGGUCCUCACAGAUACUCUAACCGGACAAACUUACACUGCCAUCGAUGCAACUCGUUGGACCAAAUCACUGGCAGAUGAAAUCAGUCUAAAGGUUAAGGAUUUAGAAAUGCGACGGUACAAACAUGUAGUUCAGGUUAUGCUUGGUCAACAGCUGGGCGCCGGUUCUAAAUACAUAGCGCGCUGCCGAUGGGAUGCGGAGUGUGACAGUCAAGCUUCGGGAGAGUUCAAGAAUGCCACCAUCUUCUGCAUCGUCACAGUGUUCGGACUGUAUUUGUAUUGAUGCAAGGGAUCUAUAUUUCUUUUAUGUGUAGAUUCAUUCAGAUUGUAAUAGUUUUGAUUGGUGAUUUUAAUUGGUUUUCAAUUGGUUCCAACGUCACAGAAAAUAGAAGCUAGUUUAGAACUUUA